ACGUGAUUCAUUUCUCAACCAAGCAAAGUGCGAACUGGAAGGUGCGCUGCAGGUGAAGGAAUUCUAUGAUAAAGGAGCGAACGAAUCGAACAUGAUUAACAAGGGAACAAUCUUAUCGCUGAUGGUGUGCCUGUUUAUCGCCACAAUGGCAGUCGGUCAACUAUCUAAGAAAAGUGGACACUGCCCGCUGAGGAACAACGUGUCCAAUUGUACACCCAGAUGCGUUUCGGACUUUCAGUGUGUAGCGAAUGAAAAAUGCUGUCCGAAUAAAUGCGGAACCGAGUCAUGUGUAGGAUCCAGUCCUGUCAGUACCGGUAAUGGUUAUAAAGGAUCAGACACAGGAGACGUUUAUUGUGCUGGUAUAAAAUGUAGACCGUAUCAGAAAUGUCAAUUCGAUCGUAAGACGAAACGUGAAAAAUGCACAUGAACAAGUGGGCCAAGGGUUUAAAUUUGUGAAAUAAAAACAUUGCAACAAGAAA